GCUGGGGGCGGGUCCUGCGGCACCGCCCGGGAAGCUGCGCGAGGCUCGGCGCCGUCGCCACAUCCUCCAGAGCUCUGGGUCCAGGCGAGCUGAGUCGAGCCGGGCCAGGACCAAGCAGAGAGCUACGACGGCACGGGCGAGCCGAACGCUGAGCCAUGGCGCACCAGACUGGCAUCCACGCCACUGAAGAGCUAAAGGAAUUCUUUGCCAAGGCCCGGGCUGGCUCCAUCCGACUUAUCAAAGUCAUCAUUGAGGACGAGCAGCUCGUGCUGGGUGCCUCGCAGGAGCCAGUGGGACGCUGGGACCAGGACUACGAUAGGGCUGUGCUGCCGCUGCUAGAUGCCCAAGAGCCCUGCUACCUCCUCUUCCGACUUGAUUCGCAGAAUGCUCAGGGUUUCGAGUGGCUUUUCCUGGCCUGGUCACCUGACAAUUCACCUGUGCGGCUGAAGAUGCUGUAUGCAGCCACACGCGCCACAGUGAAGAAGGAGUUUGGUGGUGGACACAUCAAGGAUGAGCUCUUUGGGACAGUAAAGGAUGACCUCUCCUUGGCUGGGUACCACAAGCACCUGUCAUCCUGUGCUGCACCUGCCCCACUGACUUCAGCUGAGAGAGAGCUCCAGCAGAUCCGAAUCAAUGAGGUGAAGACCGAGAUCAGCGUGGAAAGUAAACACCAGACGCUGCAGGGCCUGGCCUUCCCCCUGCAGCCCGAGGCCCAGCGGGCACUUCAGCAACUCAAGCAGAAGACGGUCAACUAUAUCCAGCUGAAGCUGGACCUGGAACGGGAGACCAUCGAGCUGGUACACACGGAACCCACAAAUGUGGCCCAGCUGCCCUCACGGGUACCCCGAGAUGCUGCCCGCUACCACUUCUUCCUGUACAAGCAUACACAUGAGGGUGACUCCCUUGAAUCUGUGGUGUUCAUCUACUCCAUGCCGGGGUACAAGUGCAGCAUUAAGGAGCGCAUGCUCUACUCCAGCUGCAAGAGCCGCCUCCUUGACUCCGUAGAACAAGACUUCCAGCUGGAGAUAGCUAAGAAGAUUGAGAUCGGUGAUGGAGCAGAGCUGACAGCCGAGUUCCUCUAUGAUGAGGUACAUCCCAAGCAGCAUGCCUUCAAACAGGCAUUCGCCAAGCCCAAAGGCCCCGGGGGCAAACGGGGUCACAAGCGCCUCAUCCGGGGCCCCGGGGAGAACGGGGAAGACAGCUAGGUGUCUGGACUGGGAAAGGGCCGGGCACGUGGACUGCAGGGUUGCCAUCCUGCCACCCCUGGACUUCCUUCCUCCCCAGCCUGGGCUCUAAGGAAUUGCUUCCUAUGGGACAGGAGGGCAUGUGGCUGAACACUUUGCUACUUCUGAGGGCCUCUGGACUGGCACUUGGUGACCUUGCCCUGUCACUGUCCCUGCCUCUCAUCUGUGUGCACAGGGUGGCUGGGGAACCUCGCCCUGGCACAAACCUAGCCUCCAGAAGAUCUCAUGCUGUGGUUCCAGCCCAGUCCAAAAGCCUUUGGCUACAGUGGGUGGGGACCCAGGGGCCAGAUGUCACAGGAAGGGAUGGUUGGAUGCUGUAUUUUGUAAAGAAUAAAAUAUUUUUAAAUCAA